AUGGUGAGGGAACGCAUGACCGACGCUGGCGGUCGGCAGCGCCGAAGCAAGUUUGGCUGUGUGACAGCAGAUGAACGUGGGCUUCAGGAGGCCGAUUCUGCCAGAGUUAAUGGACAGGACGGUCUGACGCGUGGAAAGUGGCCCCGUGUAGUGCAGGGGAGCCUGGUGUUCAAGGGUAAGUUGAAUGCCGGGGACGCCGAAGAGAGUGUAAAUAGUAGGGCCGCCUUCUCCUCCCCUGCAGUACAAGACCCCGAAUUGGCUGAAGAAUCAUUUGGAGGGGCCUAUGACGGCCUCUUCCCCGAAACACAGGAGCAUAAAGUGUCUUCUUCUCUUAGAAUAAAAGGCGCUGUGAAGACAAAAGGCGGGAGCAAAACAAGGGUUAAAGGUCGGAUGCGUGCCUCCGGCAGCAUAUUUAUAGAAGAGAUUCCAAAGAAAGAGUAUGAACAACCCCAAACCUUUGAAACAGCUGACCUUUUCGCGCCUUACGACGCUAAGCUGGCCAAGUUCGCCUUUCUCAUUGGAACUUUGAGUAACAACUGUGCAUCGUAUGUGCUGGAAGAUAUGCGACGAUUGCUCUACCUCCGGAAUGGCAGACUCUCCCGGAACCCCGACAUGUCCUCACGAAAGGAGGCAUGCAGGUCACUGGCUCGGCUUGCCAUGCUCCGGAAGGUGCUGGAAGAAGUGGAGGAGCACGGUGCACGCUUUUCAAAAGGCUCUUCAUCAGAUGCUUCGCUGGAAAUGGAGUCAAGUCUGGGGGGUGCGCUGGCGUACCGUUCAGCCGACGGCAAGCAUCCUGCCGUGUAUAUACAGCUCGCCAGCCUCUUUCCCACAAGCCUCUAUCUGCAAAUUACACCAGCAGAGAUGCAGCGGAUUUUGCUUAGGGUAUUUAACGGCGUGUGGCAGAAACUGGCUGUUGCCUCCCGGCGCCACACUGAAAAAAUUUCACACGUUGCGGUCGUACUGGAUUUUAGCGGUUUGUCUCAACUGGACGUCGCUGCGUAUUCGACACACCGGCUUCUCGGAGAUGUGGGGGAAGUCUUGAGGGCAUAUUGCCCUUGGCUCAUCUAUAAAAUUAUCCUCUUCAAGCUUAAUUUUGCGAAGGACCUCGUAUGGGAACUCUUCAGGCCGGCACUGCAGGCAGACUGCCGCAUUGUGAGCAUAGAAGAUGACACGGCGCUUGUCCAGGAAAUCCAACCGGACGGACCCUUCAUUCUACAUACGCUAGGAGGGUUCAACGAGUCGAGUUUCUUGCGCUGUCGGCGGCCCGUAUACCGCGUGCCCCAGCCCCCUCAGCCACUAGGAUCUGGCGAUUGGUUUGCCGGGGGGGAUGCAAUUGAAUUCUGGGAGGAAAUGAAGAAACUGCACAUAGAAGCGCCAUGGGCCGCGCCAGAGCCGGAGCCUGUAGACGACACGGAGAGUCAGAAUGCAGAAAUGCCACCACUGGAGCAGCCGGAAGAGAGGGAGAGUGCACUAGAGAGAAAAACAAAGGAAUUGCAAAAUUUUAUCAAUAGGCGGGAAUGCCUUAUUCCUCAUUUUAAUAAUGCUUUGAAGGAAGUACUGAAUGCCCUUGAGAAGGACAAAGAUAUAACCUAUGAUACGGCAGGGAUGGUAGAGCCCUCCAGACCCCUCAUUGACCUGAAUGACGUGACCCGCGCAGACGUCAGAGUUUGCAUGUGGAAGCCCCCCGCUAAUGCCUCCCAGGCGGCACGUAGCACUGCUCAGAUGCUUCUUAAGAUCUUCGAGGGUCGCAGGCAAUGGAACAGACCACCACUGCCACCGAAUUUUAUGCAUGCGUUUGAACGGACGACAUACUCCCUAGACUGCGUCUAUGUGAGUCUAGGAGUACUGGUAGACUUGGCGUCUGCCUGGGACUUCAGCCUUCGUAUUUAG